UAUACGGUCAUGGACCAUCACUUUCUCCAGAAAUUGAAAACAAACCAAUUAAAUGUAAAGAAACACACGACGAAUGUGUCUCUCUAACAAUCGAAACCGCCAAAAAACCUCGGAUCCUUCUCUCUUCUCUUCAAUGGCUCUGAUGCGAACCAGGAGCCAAUUGAAAACAUCUUCAUUGUCUCCACCACCACCUCCUCCCUCACCGAUCCCAAGAGCCAGAGGAUCACGUUCCGCUGCGAACGACAUUCUCACCGAGAUCAUAGAGAGAUCGAUCCAGGUUCCAGACCUCACGCUCCCUGAAUCUCAUUCCGGCGGUGAAUCUUCUUGUUCACGACAUCUGAUCCCGGCGGAGAUUGAUUUCAGGAUGUUAACGUCGAGGAGAGAAGGCUCCGUGGAUCGGUUGGUUCAAUCGGCGAGGGAGUUCGGGGCGUUUCGUCUGAGCUGCCAUGGGAUAUCGAGCGAGGAGAUGCGAUCGCUUGUGAGGGAAUCGGGUCGGGUUUUCGGAGUUUUGGAGGGGAGAGAGACAGGGUUUCGUCGGAGUGUUGUCGGGAACAGGGAUGAGAUCGCUUGGGUUCGGUCGUGGAAGGAGAGGAUGGAAUGGGCGCGAGAGUAUAUCGGACCGGAAAGGUACCGCUGCUUCAGCGAAGAAAUGGAGAAUGUAGCUGAUAAACUUGAUGGGGUAGCAAGGAAACUAGGGCAAAUAAUGGUGGAAAACUCAAGGAGACAGACUGAUAAGAGGAUACAAAGAGGAGAAUCAGUGCUCAGAAUUUACAGGUACAAUCAUGAAAACGUAACAGAGCAAAGCCCUCCUUUGCCCAAAGAGACGACGGAAGAAAUGCUUCAAUACACACUCAGCCUUCACCUUCCAGCCAAGAACUGUGAGUUCCGUGUCAACUCAAGGAAAGGCCCACUUUCCUUCCACGCAGAUCCCGACACUAUACUUGUCACUUUUGGUCGCCAGCUUGAGGAAUGGAGCUUAGGAGAAUUCAAAUGUCGGAAAGGAGAAAUCAUAUAUCAUCCAGAUGCAUAUGGCUCUCACACGUCCUUCUCCGUAGAGCUAAAGUGCAUGUCUCUUUUCUUAUCACAAGCUUCUAUUGCGACGACUCCCAAAACAUUCUCUUUAACCCAUCAGAUUUUCACUGCAUUACUCCUACUCUUUCUCUUCCAAUCUUUAUGUAUUAAUGGAUCUCAUAUGGCAGCUUAGAAUCUCCAUGUAUAUUAUUUUCUUUGUGGGAGACAUGCGUACAUUUCAAUGUUUGAUGAUGUACUGGUAAUUGUGUUUAUGUAUUAGGCCAAGCUACGGUUGUAUAUGUAAACACAACACACGGUGACGAGAAAACAAAAAGAAA